AUGCAGCUCAAGACCAUCUUCGGCGUGCUCGCCCUCGCCAGCAUGGGGUUCACCUCACCGACCCCCAACCCAGACGUCGAAGACUUCGAGGAGCGGGACCUCGAAGAACGGCAGUUCGGUUACUACAAGGACUACUGCUGCAAAAACAAGAUCGAUACUAAGGACUGGGUCAUUCUCUGGAUCAAGGUUGCCGGGGUGGGAAUUGACUGCGUGCAAACCAGCACGUGCCUCCCUGGCAAGUACAAGUGCAAGAGUAACUUCCCUCUCGAUAAAAACAAACAGAUUGUCUGCAACGAGUUUCCUUAUUGA